AUGGCAGUGAGCGACGCGUUUAUCAACAGUUGCCAGCUCUCUUUCAGCUUGCCCAAACUUGGCAUAAUGGAGGAUUUGAAACGCAUGUUUGCAAAUGUGGAUGCAGAGGUCAUCGAGGAAGUAUUUUUAGCUCAAAACAAUGAUAUGGAACGAACAGUGAAUGCCUUGCUGGAAAUAUCUGGUCAAGGUACAACUCUAUCGCCAGAGAAUACCACUGCAAAUAUCUCACCUCCAAUGGCCAUCGCUGAUGGAGGCACGCUACACACUGGCCAGGGCUUGCUACAUCAUGUUGGCGUGCCAAACGAACCAUUGCAUGACACUAUACCACAGAUUUCCUCGUUUCAAAAAACAGAUGAACAAAUUGCUCAAGAGCUAAACCAACAAAUGGAGGAUGAGGAAUUUGCCAUGAGACUCCAAGAGGAGGAUCGUCGUAACUACGAUUUAGAAGAGGAACCUAUUGGCAAAAUGAUACUCAAGACAACAAGCCAAAUUAAAGAUACUGCAUCCAAAACAUUCAAAACUCUUUAUGGGAAAAUUCAAUCUUCGCUUACGUUUUCUAAAGAUACCCCUGUAAGCUCACCCUAUACAAGUCUACCCAAACACGACGAUGAGUUUGAUGAUUUUUUGGAGAUCAACAAUCACGAGCCGCCAAUGGAUGUGGCUUGCCUAACCAUACUCAUGCCAUGUACAGAACGGAAUACUGGAUCAGCCGCUCCAAAUACAACAGUAGAUCUUUUUGCUUCAAACUCGUUUCAUCCAAAAUAA